AUGAGACCAGCAGCACCGUUGGAGGAGCUCUGGAAGAGGAGGGAGAGGGAUGGGAUAGAGAGGGAAGGGGGGAGCGGUGGAAAGAAGGGUUUGGGCGCCAAUUUUGCGAUCCCGCUGGGCAAGCUCUCGCAUGAGCUGCUCCACAAUCUUGCGGCCACCCAAAUCGGGCCGACUGGAUGCGCCAGGUGUACCCAUGCUCUCUCCCCUCCCCUCCUUAGUCGCCGGAUCCAUUUUCGCGUCUCCUCCUUCUCCCCUGCUCUCCCGUACAUCCCACAUGGAGCCUUCCACACCGCCGCCACAUUCACCCAAGGCAUUCGCCCACACACCUCCUCCCACACCGUCAUUGUCCACAGCCUUGCGUCGUUUGCAAGGAAUCACAACUUCACAUCCGUUCUCUUUCCCAUAAGUCACUGCUGCUGGCUCGUCCUCAUCAUGAUCGUUACCGCCACGGCAUUCAUGCUCGGCAUGUUCCUGCUCGUCGCCACCAGUCACAUCCUGCGCGUGCUUGCCCGAGGGACUGCCCUUUGCCGCCGCAGCCAUGCCGCCGUUGCGCUUUCCACCACCGCUAACUUCAAACUCGGCAUGUUCCUGCUCAUCGCCACCAGUCACAUCCUGCGCGUGCCUGCCCGAGGGACUGCCCUUUGCCGCCGCAACCCUGCCGCCGUUGCGCUUUCCACCACCGCGGACUUCAUGCUCGGCAUGUUCCUGCUCGUCGCCACCAGUCACAUCCUGCGCGUGCCUGCCCGAGGGACUGCCCUUUGCCGCCGCAGCCCUGCCGCCGUUGCGCUUUCCACCACCGCUAACUUCAUGCUUGGCAUGUUCCUGCUCGUCGCCACCAGUCACAUCCUGCGUGUGCCUGCCCGAGGGACUGCCCUUUGCCGCCACAGCCCUGCCGCCGUUGCGCUUUCCACCACUGCGGACUUCAUGCUCGGCAUGUUCCUGCUCGUCGCCACCAGUCACAUCCUGCGCGUGCCUGCCCGAGGGACUGCCCUUUGCCGCCGCAGCCUUGCCGCCGUUGCGCUUUCCACCACCGCGUUGGCCUGCGCGCUUGCCUGGCAACCCAGAUGA